AUGGAUCCACAAAAUUCAUUGGCCUUUCAACGAGUCCGGCCCCACUGUGUUGAGCUUUCGAGGUACGCAUUUCUACCUAAAACUCAGUUCGACCCAUCAUCUAGAGGUUUACUUGCUUCUUUAAAGAAUGUCAACGAAGAACUUGAAAAGCUUGAAGAGUCUGGAAUUCAGCUGUCGCCUAAAUUUGCUGAUUAUGUUUUUGUACCUCUUGCAAGUUUGUUAAGGCAGGAUUCUUUGGGGGGCGCCCAGACUGAAGUUGUUUUACUAAUUCUAGCACAUUUAAUAUCAUUAUGUUGGUCUUCUAUCGGGACAUUUCCACGAACCUUAGCCAGUCAGCUUUUCCCGUUGGUAACUUUCCUAGUAAGCAAUGAUAAGGAAAACUUAGAUCUUAAGAAGAAGAGCCCUGACUUUAAACUUGCAGCUUGUGAAGUCUUUAAGAAGUUUUACAUUUCCUUAGCGGUUCAAAAAACUAGCGGAGCGUAUGAGUUUUUCAGCUAUGCUGAAAAUCUUCCAAGUCUCGGCCAUUCCGUUUCAAUACUUCUGGAUAUCUUACAUGACAACUCGCAAGAGCCAGAAGUGCAACUUGCUGCUCUUGACGCCCUAGCGAUUCUUUACGAGAGAAAUAUUAAUGAUGGUGAGAUGCUUUCUUUCAUUUUACCAGGAAAUGUUUCCACGUUCUCAAAAUUGUUAGCUAAAUCUGGAGUGACCAUAAAUUACAAGGUAAUCUGUUCCACAUUAAAUCUCUUUAAAUCCGUACUUCUCUUGGUUUAUGAUGAUGCUGAUUUAAAAAUUACAGAACGCCGUAUAGGGGACCUAAGUGAGAUAGUUGAUAAUGGUAUGCUUGCCGAUACUACCAGAAUCAUUAUUGAUGAAAAUAAAUUUAAAGGGCGAAAAAACCAUCGAGAUAACAAGUGGUUGCGUGCAACCAGCGCGCAAGUGAAGCUAGCAUUGGAAGCAUGUAUUCCCAGACUACUUAAACGCGAGAACAGGAUCAUAAGCGAGGCUACAGGUUCUUUCAUAUCAGCAGUUCUAACUUCCUGCUCCAAAUCUCUCUCGAAUUGUGUUGAGCUGCUAACUAAGGCGCUAUUAGAAAUCAAUGGUUCAGCUUCUAAGCUAACUCGAAUUCCCAAUCUAUCUACAUCCAUCAAGAAAGUUUUAGAAAGUCGUACAGCAAAAUUUGAGAAUAUAAUUCAAAUGGAUGAUGAAAAAUCUUUAAGAGCACUUGAAUACGCCGUCAGAUCUUUAGCAUUACAAGGUAAUUUGGAGAUGACGUUUUUAAAAGAUGCAACGAGAAUGUUACUUCAAGGUCUUGGCAAUGUCAUAGAGCAAAAUCAGCUGAAAUUCAAAGGUACAAAGCUUGUCGAGCAGAGCAGCAUGGUCAUUAUCAGCCAGGAUAUCAUGGCAGCCGCUGACAAUAACUAUGCAUUAUUUCCUAAGAUUUCAACUGAGAUGGAAAUCGCCCUUUGUAGAUUUGUCGAGACUGUUGGCACUUUGUGUGAUCAGCAGAUGGUUAAUUCGCUGGUCGAAUGGAUCCUGAUGUUCGCAAGCGAUGACCUAUCUGUCACUCGUUCUUUAUCUAUAUGGAUGUCCUCAGGAAUAAUGGCCGGCUACCAACAAAGAGCUUCACAAAAAACAGAUACAUUUCAUGAUCUUCUUGAGUUUGAUGAUUCUGAGGAUCAGAGCGUGAUCGCAGAAGAUGUACCUGACGUUUGCUAUACAAUUCUCGAAUAUGCAUAUGAUGGUUUAGACCAAUUGUCGCAAAAUGGCCUAGAACUCACAAAGACUGUAGAAAUGCAUUCUUCGAUUGCUUUGUGGUCGGUUAAUAGGAUGGUAAAUGUGAUGGGUCAAACCUUCAAAGAUGAGCUGAUCGACUACCUAUUUCCAUUAGUUGAUUGCUUGGCGUCACCAUCUCCAAUGAUAAGAAGCUUCUCACAAUCUGUAAUUCUUUCGAUUGCAAACAUGAUUUACGCCGGUUCUGUACGUGAGUUGCUUCUGGAUAACAUAGAUUAUUUGGUCGAUUCAGUAUCGAUUCGUCUGAAUAACUGCAUGACUGAGAGAGUAACUACGGUGUUGAUGGUAAUAUGCCAAAUUGGCGGAUACGGAAUUAUCAGAAAGUUCCAAGAUGUUCUCGAGACGAUUUUCAGGUUACUUGAUUAUUACCACGGGUAUGAAAGCCUGUGUCAAGAGUUUUUUCAGUUGUUUGAGAUUAUUGUCUCUCAAAUGCAGAAAAUGUACCUUGAAGAUGCUUAUUCAAGACCACGGCUAUCUGAUAGCCAUAUAGUUCGUGGCACCUUUCACCCCUGGGGUAUUACAUCGUUAUCGCAACUGUUCGUUAUUCUAGACAAGCCUAAAGAUACCGAACUUGCACCCGAGGUCAGCGACGAGGAGUAUGACCGCGAAACUACGAGUUUUAGAGACUACUUCGAUCAGAAACUAAGAGAGGUAGAUAGCGAUGAUGAGGAAAGUGAUGAUGAAGAUAAAGAUGAUGAUGGCUAUUCUGACAUUAACGAGUCUGUCGGUGAUGUAGCUGAUGGGAACACGGGAUCAGAGGCCGACUCGCCUGAUAGAUGGGUGUCACCGUUUCCUAAGGAUUCUUACAAGACGCUUAUUCAAAUCGUAAGCUAUGGUGAUCGACUACUGACACAUCCAUCGAGACCUUUAAAGGUCCAAAUUCUCCUUCUCAUGAAAAAGAUAAUUCCCCUACUCUCAACGCAGUACAACUCAAUGCUUCCACAAAUAGCUAAAUGUUGGGACACUAUAGCAGAGUGUACAUUUGGCACAGAUUACGCAAUUAUCAAAGUCGCAUGUGACUGUCUCCGAGAGAUUAUUCGUUGUUCUGGCGACUUCGUUUCUAAAAGAUUUAUGGACCUAUGGGACUCUUCUAAAGAGAGAUCUGCCUUGUUGAAGCAAGUCUUAUCUGUCCUUUCUCGGAGAAUUUCAGGAACAAGUUCCCAAGACCUCUCUACACCCAGGAAAUUUCCGCCAAGCGUAAACGAAGCUCUUGUUGCUUUCUCAGAGAUGUUACUGGAGGCGAUAAAUCAAACAGAACUUUUUAUUUCAGAAGCUACACUGCAAGAGAUGAUUUCCUGCUGCCUUUUAGUGAUACCCAAAGAGCGCAUAGCUCUGGUCUCUUUACACCUAGGCGACAUUGUCUAUUCGCUUACCAACUAA